AUGUCAGGUACAAAAAAGUAUAUGUCAACAAAUUAUCUUGAUGCCUUCAAUAAAUGUGAUACAUCUUAUCAAUAUUCUGAAUGGGAUGAAUUAGAAUCUUUGGGAUGGUUUUUUAUGGACAUUCGAGGACAUCUGAAUGUACACAGUUUACUUGAGCGUGAACAAAAAGUUAAACAAUAUCAAAAUGAAAUUGAUGUGAGAUUUCUUAAUGAAACUAAGAAAAGAAAUCAAAAUGCAGACAACUUAAUUAGCUUUCUUCAGGAGGAAAUGGGAAAGACUGGGGUUGACCAAAUCAUUGCAGUUGAAAAUGCAAGAAGACCAAUUAAGAAGAAAAAAAUUCAAUAA